AUGGCUCACUCACGCAACAGUGCAAGCCAGAAAUCCAAGACGGUAAAUACCCCGAAGACCACCAGCAAGAAGACUACCAGCAGGAAAACUACAAGCAGGAAAACUACAAGCAGGAAGACUACCAACAAGAAGCCAGCCAAUAAGAAGGCCGUUAACAAGGCUGCCAAGCGUCCUAAGGUCGACAUAAACAAGAUUUUCCCACCCUGGGGCUCUGAAGAAGCGCUGAAUCAGACGGCAGAGAAGCACGCUACUGAUAUCAUCAUGGCCGUGUACCACGACAUCAACGCCUACUGCCGUAUUGAGAAACUUGCGGCAGAGAAUAUUCAUAAUUUACAGGAGAUGUUCUCUAACCUGCGUGCGUCCACAGAAGUAUUUGUUGAGCGGGAGAUUGGCAACUACAUGAACUGCGUGGAAUCUUUCAAGGCGGAACGUGGUGAAUUCCAACCUGUCACACCUAACAGCAGAUUCUUAGAGUUUGUUACUGCACUCGGAUGGAAGAUGUUUGCUAUCUGUGCCCAUGCCGAAGCAUUUCGACGAGGUAUCAAAGAAGCUAACGAUAGAACCUGGGGACUCGUGGUUCAGAAGAUUCAAGAAAACUCCUUGAGUAUUCAACUUUAUGCACACAGCCGAUCCCUGAAGUGGCGUGACACGCUCUGGGUUUACCAGGCCUACACCAUGCCAGGUCUACCAGACAUGAAAACCGAAAUCGAGACUUACAUGCAGUGGAAAGUCGACCACCCUCACCACACCGUCAUCACACUCGACGGUAAACUGAAGGAGCCUUUAUAUGAUGGUGAAUUACAGCAACAUAUUAACGAGAGUAUCUAUGACCCCAAGGAGUGGCAUGGUAAUAAGCAGGAUCCGACGCUUCGCCAUAUGCCCAAUGGCAGUUCGACUGACAUUGGACGUGCUUGUGUUAUGUGCGGCAGUGCUGUUUCUUGUGACUGCCGCCUGACAUCUCGGGCAGGAGAACUGGUUGAGCUGAGAGAAUAUCCCGAGACAGGUACUGGUGUUCGAGUACUUACGAAAUUCAAACGCGGCGAUAUUCUCGAUAUAUUCGUGGGUGAACUUCUUCCUGGCUGCGUGGAAGAUGUGUAUCCUCUGACGCAAUGCGAUGACAAUCCCAAAGGUCGCAUGCUGUGUACGGUUGCCCCUCAUCAGUUUGGAAAUUGGACCCGUUUUAUCAACCACUCUUGCCGGCCCUCGACGGAGUUCACUACCCGAACCAUUGGAAACCGAGUGGUGUGCACUGUUGAGGCCAUUCGCGAUAUCAUGCCCUUUGAAGAACUUACUGUUGGCUACGGUGAUAAAUACUGGCGGCAUAGAGACUAUGAGUGCCUAUGCGGGCACUGCGACGGUUCUGGAACUGACUUAGAAUAA